AUGUCACAAAAAAAACGUCAAGCACCAUCCUUACCGGGCCUACCAACGUAUGACUCCUCCGCCUCUUCCUCCAGUAGCUCAGAGCCAGAACCAGAAGACUACAAACCAAAGGUCAAACAAGAAGCAGAGCCAACCCAAAAGGUAGCCGCAACCCCAAAAGUAGAGCCAGUCCAAAAGACAGAGCCAACCCAAGAAGCAGUCGCAGCGCCAGGAGUCAUUGGAUACAACUACCCACCGGGCUCACCCACAGAGUCCGACACCGACGAACCCGAACCCGAACUCGAUCCAAUCUCAGGUGAUAUAAAUUGGGAUAGCGACGAAGAACCACACGGAAACGAUGGUGAAAACGAAGCAGGACCGCAGACCAGCGGUGUCGUUGCCCCCGACACCAUCAUUAUCGUCGAAGAGCCCGUAGACCGCAUAUUCAGGACGCCAUCCUCGACGGGCACCGUAUAUUCGUUUAGAUCAGAACGGGCUGGAGCAGACGCAGUGGUAGUAGUAGACUCAGCAGCGUCCUCGCCACUAGGUGCAAGAAGUCCCACUCCACCCCCUCCGUCUCCAGGUCCACCUGCGAAUAAGCCAAAGGAGAAAGGUAUGCCAGCGGGCAUUGCUCCUCGACCAGGACACCAACAUGCUGAGACGGGCAUGGAGGAGGACGCGCCGGAUGCUGGGGUAGCCCGCGCAGUAGCCGCAGCAAAGAAACGAAAACGCGAGGAGGAAGAGAAGAAUAAGCGCAAGGCCCCGCCGCGGAAGAAAGUACGCGUGGUGUCACCGGAGGAUGACGACGACUUAUCGGAUGCGCCGUCGAAUCCCGAACCUCCUUCGCCAGUUGCGGCUGUAGUUGAGAAGGGGAAGAAGGGGAGGAAGACCAACAACAGUAAGAAGGAAAACGCAAAGGCGGGAUCAAAGAAAGCCCCUCCUAAAAAACCGACAAAAAAAGCCAAGGAAGGCGGUGAGGGAAAGAAGGGUGAGAAUAUGCAGAAAGUGAAGUGUAGUGGGGGAACGAUAAAGGGCGAGCCGUGUAAGAAAGAGAAGAACAUGAAGGAGGGAGAUGAGUAUAAUUGUGGGAAGCACAAGCCUAAGGAGUGA